AUGGCGUCUCAGAAUGAGAAGAGCUCUCUUAAACGUGGAAGGAUCAACACAGAUCAUGAUUCUCAAGACUUGAAGAAACCGCGACGCUCGCAAAGGAUUUCAUCCCAGACUCAUUCCCAGAACACUCCAGUUGAUCAAGAAUACCUGCCAACCCCGCUGACCCUUCAAGAAUCAACUGCCACCGAUAUUCAAAACGAACCAAUGGCUACUCCUCAACGCAGCUCAAGCCAGGGCCGUCCCCAGACACCGUCUGAUCAGGAGUUGCCUCAAACUUUCUCGUCUCCUCCUGGUGACACCCAAGCACUUUCACAAUUUGUAUAUCCUCCAAGAGCAUUUGCUGACGAAGUCGAAGAUGAGGCUGCGGAAGGCGUAUGGGGAUAUCUGAUUCCACUUGAUGACAAGGCCCCAAAAGCACUUGUGCUGAGGAAACGUGAUAGCUGUGACAACCAUAAGAAUGACAAUUCCAACCCAAAAUCUACAAAGGGAACUCAGCGACAGGGCAGGGUCUCUGGGAAUAAAAAUGGAUACAGCCAACUUCCCGGCGGUUAUUUGGUCGGUCGCCAUCCAGAGUGUGACUUGCUUCUCAAUAUCCCCACAAUAUCCAAUCGCCACUUUGUGAUAUUUCCCGAAAAUAGGAGUGGUGAUGUUGUUGCAAUCCUGGUAGAUUUGUCUAUCAAUGGAAGCUUUGUCAAUGACGCCAUUGUUGGUCGAAAUAAGCAUCGCGAACUCGAAGACGGCGAUGAAGUUACCGUCCUAGACCAGGCACGGUUUGUUUUCAGAUAUCCUCGGACAAGAAAUACGAACGGCUUCCGUCAACAAUACAGAAUUCUUCAGCAGCUUGGAAAAGGGCAUUUUGCAACCGUCAGCCUCUGCAUUGAAAGGGCCACUGGAACUCGGUACGCCGUCAAGGUUUUCGAGAAGCGCCCUGGCGAUUCCCAAAAGUCCCAGGUCGACUCUUUGCAGCAAGAGAUAGCCCUUUUAAUGGGCGUAAACCACCCGAACUUGCUGUGUCUCAAGGAUACAUUUGAUGAAAGUGAUGGUGUUUAUCUCAUUAUGGAACUUGCCCCAGAAGGUGAGCUCUUCAACCUAAUAAUUCGCCAGCAGAAGUUAUCAGAAGACGAAACUCGCCAUGUAUUUCUUCAGCUUUUUAAAGGCCUACAAUACCUGCAUGAUCGUGGAAUCGUUCAUCGGGACAUCAAACCCGAAAAUAUCCUUGUUUCAGACAAGACGCUGAACGUGAAACUUGGUGACUUUGGACUUGCCAAGAUUAUCGGAGAGGAUUCAUUCACAACAACCCUGUGCGGGACACCCAGCUACGUUGCCCCUGAGAUUCUACAAGAAUCACGCCGUCGGAGAUACACAAAGGCUGUGGAUAUCUGGUCACUUGGAGUGGUCCUCUACAUAUGUCUUUGUGGGUUCCCUCCAUUCUCUGAUGAACUUUACACGGCCGAAAAUCCAUAUACACUGGCUCAGCAAAUCAAACUGGGUCGCUUUGACUAUCCGUCUCCAUACUGGGACUCAGUAGGAGAUCCGGCAUUGGAUCUUAUCGACAAAAUGCUUACAGUGGACGUCGACAAGAGAAUAACGGUAGAUGGCUGUCUAGAGCAUCAAUGGCUCACAGGAAAGGGUCAUAGUAUCUCUGACAGCACGGACGGACUGACUGGAGCUCUGGGAAAGCUGGAUUUCUCAAAACGCAAGCUUGAGCGCGAACGGACGUUGCUCAGUAGCCUCAACUAUAUCCUUUCUAGUGAGCAUGUGGCAGGUAGCGGUGCCCCCGUUAGGGUACUCCACAAGAAUGAAGCCGGAAAGCGCGUGCAUAAUCAACCUGCCAAAGUAAUCCGACAACGGGAGGCUUUGCCCGGUGAGAACAGUGGUCCCAAGGAUUUUGCCAACCAUGGACAGCGUGGAGAUCCAGUUUUAUUUGAAGAAGAGCCCACCAGUCACAACAAAUGA